CACUGCUCUCUGACUUCUUUCCUCCUCACAGUUCUUUUCCUCCUUCAUUUGUGCACUGAGCGUGAACAUGGACACACACUUCUACACACUCCUCUUACUACUGCUACACUUCUUCACAUACAGUGGGUUCCUGAUCAGACACACGAGUAAAGGUGUGUGUGUGACAGUUCAGGGUGGAGUGCUUGUGGUUUUGAGGAAAUGUGAGGUGAGGAACCCGUCUCAGGACUGGAGCUGGACCCCAGACAGAAAGCUGAAGCUCACUCACUCUGCAGUAUGUUUAUGGGUGAACCUGAAGGAAGGUGUACCCUAUCAUGCACGCUUGGUGAAGUCACGCCCCUGUAACUCCGCCCCUUCAUGGAAGUGUUAUGAUGAGUUUGGGAUCUUUGGGUUGGAGAUGUUGCCACUGUACCUGCAGAAACAGGGGGAGAGAGCCGUGGUCAGGUCCGAACCCAAACACUCCAACUGGACCCAGUACACAGAGCAGCAAGUGGAGCCGAAACACCUGUGUUCAAAUCCAGGUCCUUCAACAACUGAUAAAAACACAGGAACGAUAACAACUGUGAAGAUCCCUGUUACAUCGCACAUUACAGUUAGGUCCAGAGCCAAAAGGACCGGGACAACUGUUUUCCUGCAGAACUUCAGCUGGAGCUCAGAGUUUACACAUCAUCCCACUGGAACCCACAACAUGGAGAAAUCACUUCCUGCAACAGAUGACAUGACACACUACAGAUUUCCAAUUACACCAAACACCCCAUUUAACUCCUCUAACACCUCCUCCAACUCAUCUAGCUUCUCCUCUAACUCCUCCUCUAACCUCUCUUCUAAUUCCUCCUCUUCUGCAUCUGUUUUCCCAACACCAAAACUUGACCUUUUAGCCCAAAUUAUUACAGAAGCUGAGACUCAGACUGACAUCAAACCUGUAAAACACACAACAACAUGGUCACACAACACACCAAGCCUAAUGAGGGCAACUAUAACUGCCUCCAGAGUGGCCACAGAUUCCGAUACAGAGACUGAAACACUAAGAGAAACCACAUCUACUGCAGCUCAUCUAACCAAACUCACAGCUGCAGCUACUACAACAACCAUGAUUUCCAAAACUGUAUUCCAAUCUGCUACUAGAUUUACUGCUGCUCCUGUGAUGAGAGCAGAUCCAACCACAACUGGACUUGUAUCUAAAUCUAUUAGGAAAAAUAAUCCUAAAAUAUUACACACAUUAAGGCCUGUAACUACGCCAUUUAGAGCAACUGCAACAUCCUCGGUGAAUACAGCAAGUCCAACUAUAACUAACCCUGUAACUUCAACUUACUCUACAACUACAUCUAACAGAGCGACUACACCUGUAACCAAAACUCCCAGAUCCACCACAAUUACCCCUAAUGUUAAAGCAAAAAACAUAACUACAUCUACCCCUGACAUUUCUUCAGAUCUGCCAAUAACACUAUAUACAAUUGAGUCAAUAUCAACAUUUACUGAGGCAACUACAGAUGCUCCUACAACUACAGACACUGAGGCAACUACAAGUGCCCCUAUAACUACAGCCACUAAGGCAAUUACAACUGCCCCUAUAACUACAGCUACUAAGGCAAUUACAACUGCCCCUGUAACUACAGACACUGAGGCAACUACAACUGCCCCUAUAACUACAGACACUGAGGCAACUACAAGUGCCCCUAUAACUAGAGACACUGAGGCAACUACAAGUGCCCCUAUAACUACAGCCACUAAGGCAAUUACAGCUGCCCCUAUAACUACAGCCACUGAGGCAACUACAAGUGCCCCUGUAACUACAGACACUGAGGCAACUACAACUGCCCCUAUAACUACAGACACUGAGGCGACUACAAGUGCCCCUAUAAUUACAGCCACUAAGGCAAUUACAACUGCCCCUAUAACUAAAGCCACUAAUGCAAUUACAACUGCCCCUAUAACUACAGACACUGAGGCGACAACAAGUGCCCCUAUAAUUACAGCCACUAAGGCAUUUACAACUGCCCCUAUAACUAAAGCCACUAAUGCAAUUACAACUGCCCCUAUAACUACAGCUACUAAGGCAAUUACAACUGCCCCUGUAACUACAGACACUGAGCCAAUUACAACUGCCCCUGUAACUACAGACACUGAGGCAACUACAAAUGCCCCUUUAACUACAGACACUGAGGCAACUACAACUGCCCCUAUAACUACAGCCACUAAGGCAAUUACAACUGCCCCUAUAACUACAGCCACUAAGGCAAUUACAACUGACCCUAUAACUACAGACACUGAGGCAAUUACAACUGCCCCUAUAACUACAGACACUAAGGCAAUUACAACUGCCCCUAUAACUACAGACACUAAGGCAAUUACAACUGCCCCUGUAACUACAGCCACUAAGGCAAUUACAACUGCCCCUAUAACUACAGACACUGAGGCAACUACAACUGCCCCUAUAACUCCAGCUACGGAGGCAAAUGCAACUGCCCCUAUAACUACAGCUACUGAGGCAACUGCAACUGCCCCUAUAACUACAGCCACUGAGGCAACUUCAACUGCCCCUUCAACUACAGCCACUAAGGCAACUACAGCUGCCCCUAUAACUACAGCCACUGAGGCAACUUCAACUGCCCCCAUAACUACAGCCACUAAGGCAACUACAACUGACCCUACGACUACAGCCACUGAGGCAACUACAACUGCCCCCAUAACUACAGCCACUAAGGCAACUGCAACUGCCCCUAUAACUACAGCCACUGAGGCAACUUCAAGUGCCCCUACAACUACAGCCACUAAGGCAACUACAGCUGCCCCUAUAACUACAGCCACUGAGGCAACUACAACUGCCCAUAUAACUACAGCUAUUAAUCCAGCUACAUCUGUUUUAAUAAUUACAGCUACUAAAGCAACUACACCCAUCCAUUUAACUAAACCUACUAAGGGAACUACAUCUACAGCAACAAAGAGCAGAAUGGCAACAACAAAAGCAAUUCUUACUACUGAUUUUCUUAGUACUGAACCCCCAACAACAACUAUUUCAACUACCCCUGUGAUCUCCACUACAUUAACCACCGCCACCCCCCUUCAGCUCGAAACCACAAAGGAAGCAGUCAGGUGUGUGGUGAACCAAACUGAAGCCAUCAUGAGCACAUUCUCAGCUGUGAUUAAAUUCAAAUCAGCAGGACAGUUCUGUGGUUUUACUCUGAUCAACUGUGUGACUGGAUCUCAGUUAACCAACUGCUCUCAGAUCCAAACCCACAGCAACACAUAUAACUGUAAGCUCUCAGCUCUGAACCCUGGCACUGUUUACCAUUUUGGAAUAAUUUCCCAAUCUGAUGGAGAGCAUUUCAACAUUUCACUUCAGACUGCUCCAUUAGCAGUAAGUCAAAUGAACAUUUCCGCCUCCUCCACUAGCAUCAAGGUUUCCUGGCAGCCAGGACCUGGGCGCAGAGAGGCAUUCUGGGUAACUCUGACUCAUGAAGAUGUACUAAUCCAGAACCUGAUGUUUAGUAGCAAUGUGACAUCAUGCACUCUGCAUGGCCUCAGUCCAGGAACACUGUAUACAGUCACUGUGGUAACACAAGCAGCUGGAAAAAACCAAAAUGCAACAAAAGCCAUUCGGACAGUUCCUGCUCCGGUAACUGAGCUACAAGUGAAGAAUGGUGGCAGUGUGGACUCAUUAAACACCUCCUGGUUUCCUGCAAAAGGAGAAGUGGAUGAAUACCUAAUCUCUUUAACUUCAUUUUCAUCCUCCACUGAACAGGAAGCUGUGCUCCUCCCCAACAUGUCCUAUUGGCUCUUCAGGGGUCUGAUUCCUGGGCAAGCCUAUCAGGUGUCUGUGAGGACUAAGAGUGGGGAACUCACCAAUGAGGCUCAAGCUGCAGGGAGAACAGUUCCUGCCCCGGUAACUGAGCUACGAGUGGAGAAUGGUGGCAGUGUGGACUCAUUAAACACCUUCUGGACUCCUGCAAAAGGAGAAGUGGAUGAAUACCUAAUAUCUUUAAUGUCCCCUUCAUCCUCUACUGAACAGGAAGCUGUGCUCCUCCCCAACAUGUCCUAUUGGCUCUUCAGGGGUCUGAUUCCUGGGCAAGCCUAUCAGGUGUCAGUGAGGACUAAGAGUGGGGAACUCACCAAUGAGGCUCAAGCUGCAGGGAGAACAGUUCCUGCAAGGCCGAUGUGGUGUACUUUAAAGCCUUUGGGUGACCCUGUCUCUCUGAGGCUGUGCUGGUCCCCUGUUGAAGGACAGAGGGAUUAUUACAAAGUGCAGCUGUCUAAUGCCUCAUUUGUGCUAGAGAACAAUAAAGUAGACAAAUCAGCAAAAGAGUUUCAGUUCACCAGCAGAACUCUUCUCCCUGGCAGUUUGUACAGUGCAAAGAUCACGGUGUUUAGCGGUCCUCUCACCAACACACAAUCCUGCCAAGCAAGACUUGUUCCAGCCAGUGUCACACAUCUGACAGUCCAUAAUGAGGGUACCACUGAUUCUUUGCAUGUGAGCUGGAAUAAAGCUGAAGGAGAUGUUGAUUUUUACCGCUUGCUGCUUAUCCAGAACAGCAUUGUGAUUAGAAAUGAAAGCGUGACAUCACAGCAGAUAUCACAUACGUUUCACAUGCUGAAGAGUGGAAGCCCCUACAGGGUGGUCAUGAUCAGUAUGAAGAAUGGUGUGUCCUCUAAACAGAGGGUAUCUGAGGGGUGCACAGUGCCUGCAGCAGUGGGUGGAGUCUCGGUCAGUAAUAAUGGUCGGCCGGAUUUCCUCAGUGUGUGGUGGAGACCAGCGCAAGGGGAAGUGGAGAAGUACACUGUCACACUCAGUCACCAUGGCAACAUAAUACACACACAUACUGUGCCCAAGUCCAGCUCUGAGUGUGUGUUCAACUCUCUGGUGUCUGGCCGCUUGUACAACAUUAGUGUCAGCACACACAGUGGUGUGUAUACCAACUCCACAGUGGUGCAGGAGAGAACACAGCCAUCUCCUGUACUGACGCCAUGUGUUACACAUAUGGCGCGUGAUGACUCUUUGAAGGUGUACUGGCGACGUCCUGCUGGAGAUUUUGACUUUUACCAGAUUAUUAUUAAACACAAUAACAUGAUUCACCACAACAGUACGGUCCCACAGUCCCAGGAGAUGUGUGUGUUCAACGACCUCGUCCCAGGACGACUCUAUACUGUCAUUAUCAACACUUUGAGUGGCAAGUAUGAGGCCAGUGUGUCCACUCAUGGGAGAACACUUCCUGGUGGUGUGCGUAACCUGAAAUUGUUGUCUCAGGGGACACAGGAACUGAGUGUGGUGUGGACAUCAGCUGUAGGAGAUGUGGAUCACUAUGAGGUUCAGAUUGUGUUUAAUGAUAUGAAAGUGUUUCACCCAGUCACUCUGAGCAGCAGUACAACUCAGCAUGUCCUCUCACUGCUUACGCCUGGACGCCUUUAUAAGAUCAUUGUGUCUUCCUUCAGUGGUCCUAAUCUCAGCACACGCUUCAUUGAAGGAAGGACAGUUCCGAGUAAAGUGAACAACAUCCAUGUCAGCAAUGCAGAGGAGACCUCAGGCCUGCAUGUGAGCUGGACCCCAUCUCAGGGUGAUGUAGACAGUUAUUGUGUGUUUCUGAUUGGUCCAGAUGGAGUCAUGGAGAAACGCCCCACCCCUAAACACAUAAAUUACAUCACCUUUAGCUCAUUACAGCCUGGAGAAAAAUACAGCAUCCUAGUGCAGUCUAUUAGCGGGAGUCUACAGAACAACAAUACUGUUACAGCACGUACAGUGCCAUCCCCGGUGGCUUUAGUGCAGGUGGACAGUGGUGUGAGUCUGAACAGUGUGAGUGUGAGAUGGUCUGCAGGAAGAGGUGUAUGUGAUGGGUUCAGUGUAUUGCUGAAGGAUGACAUAGGGUCAGUGUUGAGGAACAUCACACUUUCACCUGUCUCACUGCAGCAUGAGUUCACACAGCUCACACCAGGCAGGAAAUACAGUAUCCUCAUACACACGCUGAGCGGUGGGAUACAGAGCAGAGUGACUGUUACACACACACGCACACUCCCGGCACCGGUCACUGAUCUGUGUGUCCUGAGCAGCUCAUCCUCAGCACUGUCUCUCGGCUGGUCUCGGGCCGUGGGGGAUUUGGACAGUGUUGUGGUUGACCUGCACACAGGUGAUGGCUUCCAACAGCAGUGCAGUGGAGGAGCAAACAUGAUGAGCUGCUCGUUCUCUCACCUCAGACCUGGAACUCAGUACAGAGCCACAGUUCUAACUAAAAGUGCAGAACUCAGCAACAAAAACUCCAUCCACGUCCGCACAGUGCCGGCAACUGUGUCGUCAGUGUGUGUGGAGAGCAGGAACAGGACAGACACGUUGUAUGUGAGCUGGAAACCUGCUAUAGGUGAAGUGAGUGGAUACACAGUCACUCUGUAUGACUUAAAUCAAUCCCAGCAUGUCGUGCGACAUCUGACCUCUGACAUCACCCAGCUGGAGUUCAGUCACCUGGUACCUGGACGUCUCUAUAUCACCAACAUCACCACACACAGCGCUAACCUUUCCAACAUGGCUACCGGCAUGGCCAGAACUGUUCCUAAGCCUCCAUCAUCGAUCUCUUACGAGGAACUCGGGAACUCAUCAGUGCAUCUGAAGUGGGCGGGGCCAGAUGGAGGAGAUUAUGAUGACUUUGAGCUUCAGUGGUAUCCAAAUGACGUUUUGUCUGUUAUUAAUGAGGACCAAAUCACAGUGUCACACACACGCCUACUGACGGGUCUGUACCCGGGACGCCAAUACACACUCCGUCUCCGCACCGUCAGCAGCACAAGAGGAAACGCAACCUACAGCCAGCAAGUCUACACACAAAUCAGCACCAAGCCUCUGCAGGUCUCAGGUCUGCACUGUCGGCCGUUGAACUCCUCAGUUGUGGUGUGUAGUUGAGCCCCGCAGGCGGAGUUUGAUGGUUACAGGGUGCAGUGUUUUCGUCAGGACUCGGGUGUUUUGGUGGAGUCAAGACCAAUGCAGCGCAGCUCUACACUUUACUAUAUCACACACCUCGAAGCUCACAAACGCUACAGAGUCUCCAUCACCGUCAGCUCACACAACAUGAGCAGUGAAGCAGCCGAGCAUAUCACCAGCACCAUGAUUGACCGUCCCCCUAUGCCACCACCGUCUGUCCGGGUCAGUAAAAACUCUGUCCACAUUACAAAAUCCUCCAUCUCCUUCAGUUUUAACUGCAGUUGGUUUAGUGACGUGAACGGAGCCGUGCAGUUCUUCAGCAUCAUCGUAAUUGAGUCUGACAAGAGUGAAGAUGGUCAGCCUGAGCAGCGCCACCCUCUGCCCUCAUACAGGAAUUACAUGAACAGCACUGGUGUGAAGGAGUAUCAGACAGGAUAUUUCCCCAGUAACUGUGAGGACGGACUUGGACACUCCACACACACCUUCAACAUCACACUAGGCUCUGGCAUGGACACACUCGGGGGAAAGUGUGAACAUACACACACACUCAGCACAGACACACACCACAAUGUGUUCUGUGACGGCCCUCUGAAACCCAACACUGCCUACAGGCUAAGUGUGCGAGCGUUCACAAAGCUGGUUUCAUCUCCUCUCUAUAGAGAUACUUUCCUCUCUCUGCCUUUAGUCACGGACAUGGAGUCUGUAGGGGGUGUGAUUGAAGGAGUAAGUGCUGGACUCUUCCUCAUCAUUUCAGUGGUUGGGAUCAUCAUCCUCCUCAUCUGCAGACACAAAACUCACAAAGUUGUACAGGAGCCUUUGGUGCGGAUGAAUGUAAGAAGAGAACGAACAACAUCAGUCUCAAAAAUCAGAGGGAAUCGAGGAAUCUCCAGUCCGAUUAACAUCUUAAACUUUGAGCUUCAUCUCUCUAAACUGCAGGCCGACUCCAACUACCUGCUGUCUCAGGAAUAUGAGGAUCUGAAGGAAGUGGGUCGGAACCAGUCUCUGGACACAGCGUUACUGCCAGAAAACCGAGGAAAAAACCGCUACAACAACAUUCUACCAUAUGAUUCGACUCGAGUGAAACUCUCCUGUGUGGAUGAUGAUCCCAGUUCAGAUUACAUUAACGCCAGCUACAUUCCUGGAAAUAAUUUCAGGCGUGAGUACAUCGCCACACAGGGGCCACUUCCUGGAACUAAAGAUGAUUUCUGGAAGAUGGUGUGGGAGCAGAACGUUCACAACAUCAUAAUGGUGACACAGUGUGUGGAGAAAGGACGGGUGAAAUGUGAUCACUACUGGCCAUUUGAUCAGGACCCACUGUAUUAUGGAGAUCUGAUUGUGCGAAUGCAGUCUGAGUCGGUUCUGCCAGAGUGGACCAUCCGAGAGUUCAAGAUCUGCAGUGAGGAUCAGGUGAAUUACUCGAGAACGGUGCGUCAGUUCCACUACACUGUGUGGCCUGAUCAUGGAGUUCCUGAAAGCACUCAGUCUUUGGUGCAGUUUGUUCGCACUGUGAGGGAUUACAUUGACAGAACUCCAGGUUCUGGACCUUCUGUAAUCCACUGCAGUGCUGGAGUCGGCCGUUCUGGAACCUUUAUAGUUCUGGACCGGGUUCUGCAGCAGCUAAACACAAAAGACACUGUGGAUAUUUAUAGUGCUGUGUUUGACCUGAGGCUUCAUCGUUCACACAUGGUGCAAACUGAGAGUCAGUACACCUACCUGCACUUAUGUGUACGUGAUGUUCUUCGUGCCAGAAUGUUGCGCAGUGAGCAGGAGAACCUGCUGUGUCCUGUCUAUGAGAAUGUGGCUUUGGAGAACCACUGGGAUAGAGUGCACAUGCACCAUUAUAACUGGACCAGAUGAAGACUUCACUAAUAAAAACAUUAAAUUUA